AUGUCUGAGCAGAGGCAACGUACCCUGUCCACCUCAGGAGAGGCUCUCUACCAAGUCCUAGGCCUGGACAAAACCUGCACCCACGAAGACAUUAAGAGGUCCUACAGAAAACUAGCUUUGCGUUAUCACCCAGACAAGAAUCCUGAAAACCCAGAUGCCACCGACAAAUUCAAAGAGAUCAACAAUGCGCACGCCAUCCUAUCAGACAUCACCAAAAGGAACAUUUACGACAAAUAUGGCUCCCUCGGGCUGUACGUCUCACAGCAGUUUGGCGAAGAGAACGUCAACACGUAUUUCAUGCUCUCCAGCUGGUGGGCAAAGGGCCUCUUUGUCAUAUGUGGCAUACUGACGGGCUGCUACUUCUGCUGCUGCCUGUGUUGCUGCUGCAACUGCUGCUUCGGGAAGUGUAAGCCACGCCCCCCCGGGGAGGAGGACCCGGAGUGCUACAUGUCCCCCGAGGACCUGGAGGAGCAGAUCCGCACGGACAUGGAGAGGGAGGGUGACACGCCCAUUGUGCUUCAGCCAACCAAUGCCAGUGAGAAGACCCAGCUGAUUGGAGACGGGCACCGAACCUACACUUAA